UUUUGGGUCAAGCCGCCGUUCUCGCUCGAGAAGUGCUUCGGCGGCCCUCGUCCACAGGUUCCCCCCCCCCGCGCUCGCCGCGAUGUGCAGGCUGGGCGCCGCGGCGACCCCCGGCGCGAGGCGCCCCGCCCGCGUAGGCGAGCGGCCCGCCGGCCCCGACGGACCAAGGCAGGGCGGCGCCCAGUCCCGGCAGUGGGCGAAGAGGGCCGCAUUCCCCAAGAUCAAUCAGACCAUCAUCGCAGCCGCAGAGCAUGAUCUGCCCACCACGGUCGCGGUCGUCGAGCCCCUGAUCCCGCAGAUGAACUUGGUCAACAUUUCCACGGCGCUGCACAGGCUGGCCCGGCUGUCCAGCAGCAGCCCGGAGUCAUUGCACCAGCUCCGCGGGCACCCCGUGAUGCCUGCGCUGCUGGCCGCGGCGGCCACGGCUCUGGACAGGGCGCGGGAGACCGGGGCACAGCCGAAGACCCAGGCCUUGAGCAAUGUCACCUGGGCCAUGGCGACAAUGCAGACCCUUGACCUCCACCUGCUGACCAAGGUGGUCGCACUGUCCGAGGAGGUGAUGCCCCUCUUCAAGGCCUUCGAGCUCUCUGGCCUGCUGUGGGGACUCGCGACGCUGGGACGCAGCGAGCCUGAGGUGCUGAGAUUGGCGUCGCCGAUCUUCGACCGCGCUGCGGGCCAGGUGUCGGGGGACUUCAGCUUCAGGUGCCUGGUGAUGACGUCCUGGGCCUACGCCACGGCGGGCUGGGCAGACGCAGGCCUCUUCCAGCGCCUCGGUGACCUGAUGCUGCCGGGCCUGCGGUCGGCCAGCGGGGCUGAGCUACAGAGCAUCUCGUGGGCCUUCGAGGCCAUUGGCGCGUACCACGGCGCGGUGCUGACCGAGGUGCGGUGGAGGCUCGGCGGUGGCGGCGUGGGCAGCGGCGCCACCGCGCCGCAUACCGCCCUGCGGCGGGCCGCCUGGGCUCGCGGGGGCCCCGCCGAUCAAGGAAUUGCGCCCGCGAGGUCCCCAGCCCUCCGCCGCCUUGAGGUGGUGGAGGACCCCUUCGCGUGCCCCGAGGACGCCGCCGCGACAGCGCAGCUCCGCUCGUGCGCCGAGGCCGCCGCGGCCGUGGCGGCGCCGGAGCCCGCGGCGGGCGGCCGUGUCCAGCAGGCUGCUGGGCAGGGCUGGGUGUGCACAGUCAAGAACACCUUCGUCGAAGUCAGCGACGGCAGUGCCUCCGGCGACGAGUCGGAGGAUGAGGCGCCGCUGGGGCCGUCGCUGGCCAUCAUCCCGCAGGGCAUCAUCGACCCCGACGAGCUCACGGCCUACCGCAUGUCCUAUCAGAAGUUCCGCUCGGGGAAAUGCCGCGGCGCCAAGGGGGAGGUGUCACGCCUGGGGGCGGGGGCCUGAGAAUGCGGCCGCCGCUGGCCCCGCUCGCUCGGGGCCUGGCGUCGGAAUGGAGCAGGAGGCUCCCGCGCAGUGGUCGAGGAGACCAGGGACGUUGACUCCUUACGCAUCUCGGCCUGGCUGAGCGGCAUGGGCCACCGCCUGCUUCAAGGCGAUGCGCGAUGCAGAUGCCCUUGCUUGUGGACUUCACAAUCUUAUACAUCACACCCGAGAGAACCGCCAAUCAGUGGAUUCUGCCUGCCAUUUGCGCAUGCACUCCACUCGCCUAGUCUUCCAAUCUCCUCUAGGACCCCCUCAGUGCAAGCACUGAUUGGGGAAAUUGCUUUUGCUGGUGGGUGUCACAAUCUUAUACAGGAGAAGCAGCCGCAGCUAUGCGAGUUUCGCAGGAGGGCGAUCCCCUCCCAGCGUGCCCGGAUCUUUGUGCAUAGCUUUUCGGAUGCAGUUGCUGGCGCUCACGUGGUAUGACGCUGCAACUCGUGGCGCUGAUUCGGCGCAGGUUUACGCCUGCGAGCUCGGCGCUCUGGCCUCUGGCUGGUAGCGCGUCCGUUCCUACAAACCCAGCAUCACAUUCAACUUAGACACAUCAUGGUGCUGAGCAUUCUGCAGUGAACGCGCUUGCCUCUUA